AUGUGGACUAAACAAGCUUUGAGUGCAUGCAAAUUGGCUUACAAGUCAGUUAAUUACAAUACUAUAGUAACUGGAGCUUCAACAAGAGGUUUGGCUACGGCAGCUGGUUCUGCAAGCCCAAGAUUUAAGACCUUUAAAAUUUAUCGUUGGAAUCCAGAUACUCCUUCUGAAAAACCAUUUUUGCAAGAAUUUAAAGUUGAUUUAAAUGAGUGUGGCCCUAUGGUUUUGGAUGCGUUGUUAAAAAUUAAAAAUGAACAAGAUCCUACUUUGACCUUUAGAAGAUCAUGUAGAGAAGGUAUUUGUGGUUCCUGUGCCAUGAAUAUUGGUGGUAGAAAUACCUUAGCAUGUUUAUGUAAGAUUGAUCAAAAUGAGUCAAAGCAAUUGAAGAUCUACCCAUUACCUCACAUGUACAUUGUUAAAGAUUUGGUACCAGAUUUAACCAAUUUCUACAAGCAAUAUAAAUCUAUUAAACCUUAUUUACACCGUGAUAAAUUCCCUGAAGAUGGUAAGGAAAUUUUACAAAGUAUUGAAGAUAGAAAGAAAUUAGAUGGGUUAUAUGAAUGUAUUUUAUGUGCUUGUUGUUCCACCUCUUGUCCUUCAUAUUGGUGGAAUAAUGAAGAAUAUUUGGGGCCUGCAGUUUUGAUGCAAGCUUAUCGUUGGUUAGCUGAUUCUAGAGAUACUGCUAACGAUAUGCGUAAGACUAUGUUGAACAAUUCGAUGUCUCUAUAUAGAUGUCAUACUAUUAUGAAUUGUACCAGAACUUGUCCAAAGGGAUUGAACCCAGGUAAAGCAAUUGCUCACAUCAAAUCUUCCUUAGCCUUUAAUUAA